CCGUGCAAGAACUGUCAAAGCGAAUUUGUUUCUCAUCGUUCGCGAAGGUAAAUUUGUGCUGUUUCAUCCGGCAAGCGAUUGUUAAUUUCCAGUUUCCAGUAGUGCAUUCGUGUAAUCAGUUUAUUUUCCACCCAAAAUGAGUUCAAUUGGCACUGGUUACGAUCUGUCCGCAUCACAAUUCUCGCCCGAUGGACGCGUUUUCCAGAUUGAGUACGCGGCAAAAGCGGUCGAGAAUAGUGGUACCGUAAUAGGACUGCGAGGCAAGGAUGGUGUUGUGUUGGCCGUUGAGAAACUUAUCACAAGCAAACUUUACGAGCCGGACUGCGGUACAAGAAUCUUUACCAUCGAUACUUCCAUCGGAAUGGCUAUCAGUGGAAUGAUUACCGAUGGCAGGGCUGUUGUGGAUAUUGCUCGCCAGGAAGCUGCCAGCUACCGACAGCAGAACAAUCGCCCUAUUCCGCUUAAGCAACUGAAUGAUCGUCUGUCGAGCUACUUCCACGCGUACACUCUGUACAGUGCCGUACGACCAUUCGGAGUAAGUGUGAUUCUAGCGUCCUGGUCGGAGGAAAAAGGCGCUGAAAUGUACAUGAUCGACCCGUCGGGAGUAUCUUGUGGUUACUUUGGAUGCGCCGUUGGAAAGGCAAAACAAACAGCGAAAACGGAAAUCGAAAAGUUGAAGCUAUCCGAAAUGAGUGUGAAGGACCUUGUGCUGACUGCUGGCAAAAUCAUCUAUCAGGUGCACGAUGAGCUGAAGGACAAAGACUUCAAGCUGGAGCUCAGUUGGGUGUGUCAGGAUUCGAAGGGCGUUCACAAGACGGUGCCGGCGGAGGUAUACGCUGCAGCGAACCGUGCAGGCCAGGAAGCGGUCGACGAAGACGAUAGUGAUAACGAAAUCUAAGUUAAGGCCCUUUGCACACGGUACGGUGAUUUGGUGACCGUUCAAUUUAUCAGCAUAAACUGCUCAUUUUUGAGAGAAGUAAAACGCAUAAGGUUGGUUGAAA